CGCCCUGCCCUCGGGGAGAAAACGGAAAUUCAACAGAAUGAGACGCUGAAGAACGAAGAUCUGAUGAACGAUGCCUUCGCCGGUGAGAUUCGCGAGCAUGAGAUGGGUACAUGGGAAUCGGUCAAGACUCAUCCCUGGGCCUGCCUGUGGGCUUUCAUCAUGUGUUUCACGAUCGUCAUGGAAUCCUUUGAUAUGUUCCUGAAUGGCAACUUCGUCGCACUUCCAGCUUUCCAGAAGAAAUUCGGUGUUCUGGCGGACGGGAAAUAUGUCAUUCCUACUCGUUGGCAGAGUGCUCUCUUCCAAUCGGGCCAAUGCGGUGCCUUUGUUGGCGUCUUCUUGGCUGGGCCGAUCACUAACCGCAUCGGUUACCGCUGGACUAUGAUCUUCGCUCUCGUCCUCAUGAAUGCCACCAUCUUUAUUUCUUUCUUUGCCGACUCCCUUGCCGUCCUGACGAUCGGUCAAGCUUUCGAAGGCGUGCCCUGGGGUUUCUUCAUCGCCAACUCUCCCGCCUAUGCCAGUGAGGUCGUGCCUAUCAAUCUUCGUGGCGUAGUGACAGCCACUCUGCAGAUGAGCUGGUCAAUCGGAUCCAUCAUCGUCGCAGGUGCUACAUACGGCUCCAACAACUGGACGUCAAAGUGGGCUUGGAAGCUUCCGCUCGCUUUACAAUGGAUUUUUCCCACCCCUAUCUUGAUUCUCGCUUUCUUGGCUCCAGAAUCUCCGUGGUGGUUGGUCCGCAAGGGACGCAGGGACGAAGCUCUUCGCUCUAUCGAACGCCUCGGUGACAAGGGUGAACAAGCCCAGAAGUCGCUCGCUAUGAUUGAGCGCACUGUCGAAAUCGAAACUUCCAUGGGUGGUACCCCUACCCUCUUGGAUUUGCUCAAAGGAACGGAUCGACGACGGACUAUCAUCACUUGCUUGAUGUAUGCGUCCCAGAACUUUGCUGGUAAUUUGAUUGCCAACCAAGCAACUUACUUCUUUGAGCAGGCUGGUAUCUCGUCUCAAAAGUCUUUCAUGCUCAACCUGAUCAACUCCUGCCUCCAAUUCGUGGCAAAUGGACUUUCCUGGUUCCUGGGUGCUUGGUUCGGUCGUCGAACUGUCUACCUGUGGGGCACAGCUACCAACAUCACAUUCUUACUCGUCCUGGGAAUCUGUGCUUCUGUCACCCAAACCUCGGCCACAAACUAUGCUCAGGCUGUGCUUGGAAUCCUGAUCUCCUUCGUCUAUGCAGGUACCCUUGGUCCCACCUCCUACACUGUCAUCGCCGAGACAUCGUCUGUUCGUCUCCGCGCUUUGAGCACCGGUGUCGGUCGUGCUGCGUACUAUGUCGCUGAGAUCCCUAUGAUUUACCUCUCCUCCAAGAUGCUCAACACGACGGGGUGGAACCUUGCGGGCAAGUGCGGCUAUGUUUGGGGAGGUACAGCAACAGUUUGCUGGCUGAUGGCUUAUUUCUUCCUUCCUGAGCUGAAGAACCGAUCCUACCGUGAGACGGAUAUUCUGUUCAAUCGGAAGGUUCCUGCACGGAAGUUCAAGUCGACAGUUAUCGACGUUCGGGACAAUGAGUGA